AUGAAAUCCCUCAUUCUAAUUCUUUUUGUGAUUCUGAGUGUGCUUGAUGUGUCUCUGGCAAGAACAGAGAAGAGUGAGAAUAAGAAGACUACUUACAUUGUUCAUGUUGCCAUAUCCACAAUGCCAACAAGCUUCAACCACCAUUCAAUCUGGUACAAAUCCAUUCUAAAGUCGGUAUCCGAGUCAGCUGAAGUACUCUAUACUUAUGAUAAGGCAAUAAAUGGAUUCUCCACAAGUUUGACUCUUGAAGAACAUGAGUUACUAAAGAGCCAACCCGGGAUUCUAAAGGUGACACCUGAUGAAAUGUACAAACUUCACACAACUCGAACACCAGAGUUUCUCGGGCUUGAUAAAUUUGCUAGUUUGUUCCCCGCGGCAAACAAAAGUAGUGAUGUAAUUGUGGGAGUCCUAGACACAGGUGUAUGGCCCGAAAGCAAGAGCUUCGAUGAUACAGGAUUCGGGCCAAUCCCGCGCAUUUGGAAAGGAAAAUGUGAAACAGGUACAAACUUUACAACAUUUAAUUGUAAUAAAAAAUUGAUUGGUGCCAGAUUCUUUCCAAAGGGCUUCGAGGCAGCUGCGGGUCCUAUUGAUGAAACCAUUCAGUCAAGAUCGCCUCGAGACGAUAUAGGCCAUGGAACCCACACCGCGAGCACAGCUGCAGGAUCUGUGGUGGAAAACGUAGGUCUUUUUGGCUAUGCCAAUGGAACUGCACGUGGGAUGGCAAUCGGCGCUAGAGUUGCUGUUUAUAAGGUUUGUUGGAAAGGUUUAUGCAGCAAUUCAGAUGUAUUGGCUGGAAUAGAUCAGGCCAUUGCUGACAACGUCAAUAUUCUUUCAUUGUCGCUUGGAGGUCUAACACGCGAUUAUAAGGAUAGCAUUGCAAUUGGAGCCUUUGCAGCUAUGGAACAUGGCAUUCUAGUCUCAUGCUCAGCAGGAAAUUCUGGUCCUACUCCUUCCAGUGUCACUAAUGUAGCACCCUGGAUUACCACUGUGGGAGCUGGAACACUCGAUCGAGAUUUCCCUGCAUUCGUCAGUUUAGGAAAUGGAAAAAACUAUUCAGGUGUAUCCCUUUAUAAUGGCAAUUCUUUUCCCGACACUCUUGUACCGUUUAUAUAUGCAGGAAAUGCAAGCAGUCAUCAAGGAAAAGGUGAUGGAACAUGUGUUCUAGGUAGUUUGGAUCCCAAAAAAGUAGUGGGAAAGAUUGUGUUGUGUGACCGCGGAAAUAUUGACAGGGUGGAGAAAGGAAAUAUAGUGAAAUCUGUUGGUGGUUUGGGCAUGGUGUUAGCCAACACUGAGAAGGAUGGAGAAAUACCACGAGCAGAAGCCCAUAUUUUGCCAGCAACUGCCGUUAGCUUCACAGAUGGUGAAGCUAUCAAGAAUUACUUGUUUUCCAAUCCAAAGUCGACGGGCACAAUUGUGUUUCAAGGAACAAAGCUAAAGGUUGAGCCAUCUCCUGUUGUUGCAGAUUUCAGCUCACGAGGACCCAAUUCAAUAACCCCUCAAAUACUGAAACCUGAUCUCAUUGCUCCUGGUGUUAACAUCUUAGCAGCUUAUUCAAAAAAUGCUAGUCCCACAAGCUGGUAUUUUGAUUCUAGACGCGUAGAUUUCAACAUUCUCUUAGGCACAUCAAUGUCAUGCCCACACGUAAGUGGAAUAGCAGCUCUAAUCAAGUCAAUUCAUCCAGAUUGGAGCCCAGCCGUCAUUCGUUCCGCGCUGAUGACAACCGCUUACACAACUUACAAAAACAAUCAUACAUUAUUGGACAUUUCAACCAACAAGCCAGCAACUCCAUUUGAGUUUGGUGCUGGACAUGUUGACCCUGUUUCCGCUCUUAAUCCCGGACUUGUCUAUGAUUUAACAACGGAAGACUAUUUGAGCUUCCUUUGUGCAUUGAACUACUCACAUGUUGAUUUCGAAAUUGUGGCGAGGAGAAAGUACACUUGCGAUCCAAAUAAACAAUACAGUGUAACAAACCUUAAUUACCCUUCUUUUGCUGUGGUCUUUAAAGGUGGGAAUAAUGAGAUUAAACACAGCCGGACUCUUACCAAUGUGGGUGCGGCAGGAACAUACAAGGUAUCAGUUAAGUCAGAUGUUUCAUCUGUCAAGAUCUCGGUUGAACCAGAAGUGUUAAGUUUUAAGGAAAAUGAGAAAAAAUCAUACAUAGUUACAUUUACUACAUCAACUUUGAAACAAAAUAUUACUCAAAGGUUUGGAAGUUUGGCAUGGUCAGAUGGAAGAACUGUUGUUAGAAGUCCUAUAGCAUUUAGUUGGAAAUUACAGUAA